AUGGGGCUGAAGAUAAAUCAUAGGAAAUGCAAACUUUUCGGGGUUGGGGUCCAUAAUGCGGAAGUGGCUCGGUUGGCUUCCCGGUUGAAUUGCGAGGCUGGGUCGUUACCGUUCUUGUAUCUGGGAGUUCCAAUUGGGGCAAAUAUGAAGAGGGCAAAAUUUUGGAAUCCUGUUGUUGAAAGGGUCAGUGCUAGACUUUCCAAAUGGAAAGCGAGACACUUGUCGUUUGCGGGCAGAUUAACUUUAGCCAAGUCAGUCUUGGGGAGCAUUCCAGCAUAUUAUCUAUCGUUGUUCUUGGCUCCGAAAUGCGUCUUAAAUAAGAUUGAUAAAAUCAGACGGGAUUUCGUGUGGGGUAUUUCGGACACGAGGAAAAAAAUGAGAUGGGUUAAAUGGGAUUCCAUACAGCGAUCGAAGAAGUCCGGUGGUCUCGGGGUGGGAAGAAUUAGAGAUUUCAAUCUGGCAAUGUUGACUAAAUGGUGGUGGAGAUUCAAAGCGAACCCGAAUCACCUUUGGGCUCAAGUUAUCGGCUCGGUCCAUAAGUACAACUCGACGAAUCAGCUUAUUCCGGUUUCAAAUUCUAUUCCCGGGGUUUGGAAGGAUAUUGGUUGUAUGGACCCGGAACUUAAAAAGAUGGGCAUCGACAUACAUCAGAAUCUGGUAGCGAGUAACGGUUUAUGGAAGUGGAGGUCUAACUCGGAUGAUACCUUCACGGUCAAACAGGUGCGAUUUGAUUUGGAAAAAGCUCUGGGGACCGACUCGGGCUGCAUACCGGGUUUCGAGUGGUUAAGUUGGGCCCCUCCCAAAGCCAAUCAUCUUCUGUGGAGAGCUCUUCUCGGGAAAAUCGCGUCCAGGAUCGGCUUAGCUCAUAGGGGUGUUACUUUGUCCGAUGUGUUAUGCCCCCGGUGCGGUUUAGCCGAUGAAGAUUCAGAUCACAUUUUUCUUAAUUGUCUGUGGGCGAAAAGUAUUUGGUGGAACGUGCUCUCAUGGAUUCGGAUUCAGUUCCCGGUUUCUUGCGAUACUUUGGCCGAGUUGAUAAGUUACAUUAAAGGGGCUCCAGGAGGGAAGGUAUGGAAAAAAUUGGUGCACGCCAUUGUCAUUGCUACUGUUUGGAGGAUUUGGAGUGCGCGAAACGCUAAAGUGUUCGAAGACAGCUUCAUUCCUAUUAUGAAGACGGUCGAGUUUGUGAAAGAAGACGCCUUUCUUUGGAUUUGCAACCGCUCUAAUCUCAAGAAUCCUGCUUGGAACAAUUGGAGGUUGUUUGACGUCAGUAGUCUAGUUUAA